CCCACACCUGCCGGAUUCAUGGCGGCUCUCUGCAAAUUGCUCGAUGAUCAGCUAGUCCUAGCCGCUGGUUUGAAAACAGCUUUGCUUUUUGCCUUGAGCAGCGUUUUGCAAAGGGGACAAGGGGGAGCUGUCGGCAGUGCUGUCUGCGCUUUUACCUACUUCUCAUAAGCGCGAGCUGCUUUUUGGCAUUGCCGGUUUCCAAUCACUAUGGCGCUUGUACAUUCCUCAGCGUCUGCAUCAUUUUUAUGCGGGUGUGGGAGGUGGGACUUUACUGAGCAAGCAACCCAACGAUCGAGACAGCUGAGCACGCAGGUGCAGAUUAGCAGCCCCGCCACAGUAGUCGCUUCAAACUCCCGAGGCUCACAAAACGGGUCGGCUGGGGACGCUUCUCGACUGCGGAAGGAAGUGCGAUUUACUCCGAGGGCAUCUCCAGUUCUUGAAGAGCUCAGACUUCUAUCAGAUGCUGCUGCUGAAGCACAGGCGGCUAAGAAAGGGGACUGGAUCACGGGUUUGAUGAAAAAACUUCCAGGGAAGCAGAGCAUGAAGCAAGCCAGAAAGAGUGUGAUUGGACUAGAGGAACCAAUCAAGGAGUUGUUCGACUACGCCAGCGAACACAACCCUCUGGAGGAUCGGUCAAAGAGCUCAACGAUGCAUGGCAAGCAGCUUUACAGAACAAGGGAAGAAGCUCCUUGUGGGGAGUACCUGUUUGAUCCGGAGCCUCAGGCCGAGCAGGCAAGCUCACGGGGCAACGGAAAGGCUCGCAGGGAUCCCAGCAUCCUUCCAAGCCAGUGGGAUCAAGAGCUUAAGAGAUCAACUCCUCCAGGCAGUCCGGCCAAGCUUGGGGGAGGCUUAAAGGACUCCCUUAGCAAAGAGCAGAUGCUAGCUCUGGCGGGUGCUUCCAUGGUUGGUGAGGGUGACGGCCUCGCAAGCGCGAAGGCUGGUCAAGGGAAUGGCACGGUAGAUAGACGGAAUGUGGUGUUACAAGGAGUUCAGCAGGUAACGAGCACGAUUGAGCAGUGGGCUGAGAAUGUCAGGAAGUAAAAGGCGGUGUCAUUUCUGAGCCUAUGCCGAGCUCAAACAUUUAGCUUGGGUACGAGGAUCCUGAUCAUCCAGAGUUGAGACCCCGGAACCUGAGUUCACAUCAAGAUCCGAGGCCAGGAGAAGGACGGAGCUACCGUUCAUUAGUCUUUUCUAGUUGUGCAUCAACGCAUUAUUGAAGGUGAGGACUAAAUAGCAGAGAACAUGAUCUGUCCAGUUUCGUAGGCAGAGCUGUCCGCUUUUCUCAUUUGAAGACAACUCAUUCCGUGUUCGACAGCCCCCUAGGAAAUCAUGGUAUACUAACGCACUUGCACGUUAGAAGCCGUUGUACAUAGUUGAGGUGAUUGCGGUGCAAAAGCAUACUUGACUGAGUUAGCUUUCAGUGACCAGACCAAGUAUUCAGCAUUAAUUCCUGAAGAGAGCCAAAGAUUUUAAACUUGGAUGUUGAUUCUGAGGUGUCCGACCUUUCUUCGACCAAUGAGUAGCGU